AUGACUAUGCUCUUACAUCCAAUGGGGGAUUCGCAGCCUGGUUCACAGAUUCGCACCACUCUGAAGAAAAAGGCGUUCGAGGAUGCAGGUAUACCAGUGCGGCAGGUGACGCUGAAUAUGCUUAAUGCCUCCGAAAACGAAGUGGACGUGGAAGGACUGGGCGGUGAAGUGAAACUGGAGUUCGAAGCUGGUGGCGAAGAGGUGGCUACCUGA